GGCAUGGUCUUCUUGUUCGAUCAGACCGUCUCUGCCGUCUCCGUCUCUCCAACUCAGUCCCCCAAAUCCAAGGCAAAUCCGUCUCCCUCCGGCCACCCACCCACCGCCGGCGAUCCCCAGUACAGAGGGAGCGAAGCAAACCCACAGCCACUCCAUGGCGCCGCCGAGCACCUCCGGUGGCCACGAGGGCCUGAACCCCCGGGACGUGUGCGUCGUCGGCGUCGCGCGGACGCCCAUCGGCGCCCUGCUCGGCUCGCUCUCCUCCCUCCCCGCCACCAAGCUCGGCUCCGUCGCCAUCCAGGGUGCUCUCAGGAGGGCGAGCGUCGAUCCUGCGCUGGUGCAGGAGGUGUUCAUGGGCAACGUCCUCAGCGCCAACCUGGGCCAGGCGCCGGCCAGGCAGGCCGCUCUCGGCGCCGGCUUGCCCAACACUGUCCCCUGCACCACCAUCAACAAAGUUUGCUCCUCGGGGAUGAAGGCCAUCAUGCUUGCGGCCCAGUCGAUUCAGUUGGGCAUCAACGAUGUCGUGGUCGCCGGUGGCAUGGAGAGCAUGUCCAAUGCCCCCAAAUAUUUGGCAGAAUCAAGGCGAGGAUCGCGGUUUGGACAUGAUGUCCUGAUCGACGGGAUGCUUAAGGAUGGAUUGUGGGAUGUGUAUAACGAUUUCGCGAUGGGGAUGUGUGGUGAGCUGUGUGCAGACCAACACUCGAUUACAAGGGAGGAGCAGGAUGCUUAUGCCAUCCAAAGCAAUGAACGUGGAAUAGCAGCUCGAGACAGCGGCAUGUUUGAUUGGGAAAUUACUCCGGUUGAAGUUCCUUCGGGUAGAGGGAGACCACCGGUUGUUGUUGACAAGGAUGAGAGUCUUGCAAAGUUUGAUCCAGCGAAGCUCAGGAAACUUGGGCCGGCUUUUAAGAAGAAUGGCUCUGUAACUGCUGGCAAUUCUUCUAGUAUAAGCGAUGGUGCUGCUGCAGUUGUGCUAGUUAGUGGGGAGAAAGCUAAGAACCUUGGCCUUCAAGUUAUUGCAAGGAUCAGAGGGUAUGCUGAUGCUGCUCAGGCACCUGAGCUGUUUACGACAACUCCGGCUCUUGCUAUUCCAAAGGCUAUAUCAAAUUCUGGUCUCCAAACUUCACAAAUAGACUAUUAUGAGAUAAAUGAGGCUUUCUCGGUUGUCGCGGUAGCAAAUCAGAGGCUUCUUGACAUCCCUCCCGGAAAGCUAAAUGCAAGUGGUGGCGCUGUUUCUCUGGGUCAUCCUAUCGGUUGCAGUGGUGCACGAAUUAUUGUCACAUUGCUCGGGAUUCUUAGACAGAAACAUGCAAAAUUUGGGGUUGCCGGAGUUUGCAAUGGCGGUGGUGGUGCUUCAGCCCUCGUAUUAGAGUCCAUGCAACCUUCAUCGUAUAUCCGUUCCUCGUUGUGAAGUUGGCAUGACCCAGUUAGCAAAAGCUGAGCUGUAAAAUAUGCUGUCCUUGUGUCUUCUGUAAACUCUCUAGGGGGAUUUAUCGAUGGUGUAUAGGUCAAAUAUGGUACGAUAAAAAAUGUAAAAUAAGAUGACUGUGUGAUUCCCGCACAAGGUCCGGUCUCAUACCUUGUACAGAAAUUGCAUAACAGAUGGUCAGAGGAAUAAUUCGCUUACUCUUGAUCCCUAACAAAUCUUCAGAAAUAAGCAUGUAACUGUCUCCUCGUCCCUGUUAAA